GGGAGUCGAUGGAGGAUCUCGGUGUAGCUGCUGAAUUAGGAAAGUUAAAACAACCAAACGAACGAGCAAGCAAACAAAAAAACCGUUGUUUUAUUUUGUGUCGACACUUUUUCGACUUAAAUUUAAGAAAGGACGACGUAUUUUUCUGUUUUUCUCCGGGGUUACCCUUCCCAUCCAUUCGGAAACGGCCGUAACUCCUCCGGUCCUGUGCCGGAGGAGGGGCGGGCCGAGGCAGGGAGUGGAUUUGACCCGAGUUCACUCCAAAAUUUCUUCUUGUUUACCAACACAAAUCGAUAAUGGACAACUUUGUCGUUAUCGGCGCGGCGGUGCUGGGAGUCUACCUGGUUAUUUACAACGUCUGUAUCAAAGGAGCCUCGUGUAAGAGCAACGCGAAACUCCACGGAAAAACAGUGAUCGUCACCGGCAGUAACACGGGCAUCGGGAAAACCACAGCCAUAGAUCUGGCUAAGAGAGGAGCCAGGGUUAUUCUGGCCUGUCGCAGCCAACAGAGAGGAGAAGCUGCUCUCGCUGAAGUCAAGAGGGAGAGCGGGAGCAGCCAGGUGGUGUUCAUGCAGCUGGAUCUGGCCAGUCUGAAGUCUGUGCGUGACUUUGCUGAAACCUUCCUGAAGGCAGAACCCAGGCUGGACCUGCUCAUCAACAAUGCAGGGAUCUUCUUGCAAGGAAAAACAGAAGAUGGCCUGGGAAUGAUGUUCGGCGUGAACCACAUCGGCCACUUCCUGCUAACCAACCUGCUGCUGGACCGGCUGAAGGAGUGCGGCCCGAGCCGGGUGAUCAAUGUGGCGUCCGUCUUACAUAAAAAUGGCACAGUUGACUUUGGUUACCUGAGCGCUCACAAGGCUCUAGGGGAGGGUGACUCGUUCUUAGCCAUGCUGCAGAUCUACAGUAACAGCAAGUUAUGUAACGUCCUCUUCACGCAUGAGCUGGCCAAGAGACUGCAAGGCACCGAGGUCACCUGCUACAGCCUCCAUCCAGGUACCAUCAAAACCGAUAUAGGCCGCUAUAACAGCUUAUUCACCGCGCUGCUCAUCAAGCCCAUCAGCAUGCUGUUCUUCAAGAACCCCGUCCAGGGAGCCCAGACCACCCUGCACUGCGCUCUCCAGGAGGGAAUCGAACCCCUCAGCGGACGCUACUUCGUCGACUGCGGAGUGAAGGACGUGUCUCCCAAAGCCAAAGACGACGCCGCGGCCAAGAAGCUGUGGGAGCUGAGCGAGAGGCUGAGCGGACUCGCAUGAAAAGCUUCCAGUUUAGGACACCAGUCUACAUUUUAUACACUCCAUUUUCUGCAUUGAAAUAAGUAGAGACUCAUUUUAAUCACCAAGUACAAUAAGUAUUGAAGCAGUGUCGGGUAGGUUACUUUUACAAGCGUGUGCCUUUGGCCCCGGGUAUUGCCACUUGGUUUGGGGAAGUUGGGGUGCUUCAGGAAGUGGGAGAAUUAGGUUUUGCACAUUUUGCCCCGAGGGUGGAGAGAGGAAAGGCUAUGAGGUUACCAAAGUUGACAGGGUUCAUCCUCUGGGUAGCAUGAAAUGUGCUUUCUAACUUUAAUUGCCACCUCGGUAUUUUGGCCUGAGGGAGGUGUUAGAGUGAAGAAAAAUUAUUUUCCUUUGCGGUGUGUGUGAACUCACAACCGUGCCAAUCUGCUAAUCAUAUAUAGUGAUAUUUUGUGCCAAUUUGGCAUUUUGGCACAAGGGUGGUGCAAAAGUCACCGAACUUGAGAGGGUCCAUCCUUCAGGGAGCAUUAAUCUGCUCACCAAAUGUCAUGUUGUGACAUCAUUAAAAUUAACAGGGUUAAUUCUCUGAGAAGCAUGAAUAUGUCCAUUAAAUUUCUAUGCGAUUUGCCUUAAUAGAUCUUGAGAAAAGGACAAAUAGAGAUGGACGAACCGACACAGCCAUCUGCUACCGGCACGGCAAAAAUCUAUUCCAUGUCAGUCACCAAUGACCUCACUAAAAUUAUAAUCAGUGAUCAGGGAAUAAACCAAAAUGAGUAAAAUAUCCUGAUUAAUUUCAGAUUGUCAGAAUCAGAAAUACUUUAUUGAUCCUGAGGGGAAAUUGUUGGGUCAGUUGCAGGUGCUCAGUUCUCAAGAGAAAAAUGAAAUACUGAGAAAUUUAAAAAUAUGUGGCUUAUUAAUUUGUCACCUCUGAAUUAUAGAGGCCUUUUGUAUUUUCUUUGAUUUUUGUUUCAGUAAGUUGUUAUCUUCUCAUUUUUUGUCCUUUGACUGUUGUGUUGAUGAAUGUUACUCUUAGUUCAGGCUUCAAUAUAUCAUCCUUUUGCUUAAACCGUGUAUGUGGUCUAGGAAGAGGGGCCAUCUGCUGGUCAGGAACUCAACUCGGAAGAAUGCAAGUUGCCAAAGUUUAGACAGAGAAUCUCUAAUAUAUAAUAUAUAAUAAUAUAUAGAUGGGCUCUGGUUUAGAUUAUCUCCGAAAGUAAAGAGUUUCUGCCUUUUAAAAUAAAAGCAUAAAAUUUGACGUUAAAAAAAGAUUUGGUAGGAUACUUAAGUAAUAUUCACUUACAGAACAAUGAAAAAACAUAUUUCACUGCAAAUUGUUUAUGUAUAGUCUAUAUGGCCUGACUGCUGAGGCCUUGGAAUGACACUCGGCCUACUACACAGCCUGGAAAUAAGAAAAAUUACAUACUAGAGGAACUAAUGUGCCUCUAUGGUUUUAGGUGGACUUCUAGACAUCCUUUUGUUGUCUGGUUAAAUUUUGGUUUCUUUUCUGUGUUUUUAACAGGACUUUUUAUGUAUCAAGAACUACAUCUUGCUUGACUGUGAAUGUAAAAAAAAAAUAUGAUUUGUAAAAAUAAUAAUAAUAAUAAUAAAAUGAGGCAUUAGUGUUUACAUUUGAUGGU